UGAGAAAGCAGUUGCAUAAAUCAUACACAAAAUCAAAACAGAGUCUAUCAUGGAAUCUGAGGGAGUGUCACUACCGUUGAUCCACAACCAUGUUAUGACGCCUUGGAAUGAUCUGCGGGAAGGUGAUUGUUGUGGACGUUUCGAAGCUAUCAGUGAUGGCUAUUACUGCGAAAUCUGUGACUUCUUUCUUCACAAGAAAUGUGGCGAGUCCUCUGAAUAUCUCGAUCACCCAUCUCACUCUGUUCACACUCUUCAGCUUCAAAUUAAACCAGGCCACGUAUGUGAUUUAUGUGACAGGGACAUCGUGAAUCUAUGCUAUAAUUGUGAGAUCUGUGACUUCGAUGUGGAUCUAUAUUGUGCAACGAACCCACCACCAGAUUUUAUUGACAUGUCCGAGACGCAUCAGCAUAAGCUCACCCUUCUCAAGGACAAGGAGCUGAACCAGUUCAAUUGCAACGCUAAAUGUGGGGAGCUUGGGUAUGGGUUUCCUUACAAAUGCCAUGAAUGUGAUUUAAACUUCCAUCUGGAUUGCGUAUGGAAUCCGUCGGAGGCAAAACAUUCGUCAGAGAGAUACCAAAGAUUGAGGGGAAAACUUGUAAGCUUUUUAGAGGAGAAUGUCCUGUGGAUCCGUGUGAACCUGCUAAAUGCGACGAAUGUUGCAAAGCAGCGUUCGGGAAACAAAUUUGUGGAAAAUGCGAACAAGAGAGCACCGAAUUACAUUGUCAUUGUCGCCGCUAAGCAUCUGUUCUUGAUCAGAAUAACAUGAACUAUCCGUGACAAACAAGCCUCUUAUGUACUUAAUGAGAAAUGAUGCAAAACUUGUAUUACUUUCUUGUUAAUCUUCUCUGUGUGUUUUCUUUCUUGGUUUUUCUAUUUGGUGUGAUGCUUUUGAUUCAUUUCUUGUGAAAUUUCCUUAUUUGUUUCAUUGUGUGUAAACGUAUAAAUUCAUGUUGUACGC